AUGUUGCUGAUGAUCGAAGAAAGACAAGCGGCUAGAGAGGACCAACUUCGUAAGGAGCGAGAAGAGCGUGAAGCUGUCCGCGCCGAAAAAGAACGAGAGUUCCAAUUUCAAAUAGCGGAGCGUCAAAGUGCUCAAGAUACACAAAACCAGCAGUUGAUGAUGCUGUUCAUGGUCGAGAUCUUCGGUGAGGUCAUGCCGUCUCAGACUUCGCCUGCCGAACCAGUGGCUUCUCCCCGAUUGUACAAGUGGUAG